AUGGCACCACCCCGUGAUUUGAAAAUCAAGACCAACGUUGUUAAGCGCAUCCACAAGGAGCAAAUUGCCUAUGGCAAGGAAGCCGAGCAGCAACAGAAACGCAUCGACAAGUUGAUUGCUGACAACGCCGAUGAGGCUGAUGUGCGUAAACAGAAAGAGGUCUUGAACGAGACGCUACAAAUGAUUCCUGAUGUCAAGAGACGACUUGCCGAAGCCUACAAGAACUUGCAGGAUGCAGUGGAAGAUCCACAGUACGCUGGCACCACCGAAUUGGAAGAAGCACGCUCUGUCCUUUCUGACAUUGAGGUGUCACAGUAG